UGCUUAACUUGUGCAAAAGAGGCUUAGUGCUGCUCAGUAAAACUGACUUGGUACUGAAGCUCUCAGGUGGUCUAAUGAUUAUUUCUAGCGCUGUGUUUAUUAGAUAACUGCUGCAGUGUCUGUACUUAUGAGCGUUGUGCUGUCGCUUGCUGUUUGUUAUCAGAUCUGCAGGUCACUCCUCCUCUGACCAGCCUCCAGUAUUCCUCAGAUUCCAGCUGAUGCCCUCCCUCCAGGCUCCCACCUCUCACAUACUCACCCCUUCUUCUGUUCUGUCUCGCUCCUCAUAUCUCUACGACUGGGACACAGAGUUUAAGAUGAUGUCCUGGACCCGUGUAUCCCUCCUGGCUCUGCUUGCUGUGCUGUUUGCACUUUCCUUGUCUCCUGAGGCCGACUCUGCAGCUGUGCCCAGCAGCACAGGCAGCGUCAAGGAUCCACAAGGUCCUUUGAAGAGGAUCUUCAUGAACGAGGCUGAUGCCACAAAUUUCUUCAGGCGUAGAACCAGAAGGGGUGCGAAGUCUCAGGAUGAGAUUAACGCUGAGCAGAGGCAGGUUCUGGCUGCAGAUGAGAGGAAGAGAGAAUUUCACGAGGAGAAGAGGAAUGAGUUUGAGAGCUAUGCUGAAGAGGAGAAUGAUGAACAAAAUGAGAGGACCAGGGAGAGCACCGAGCAGUGGAGGGAGUUUCACUACGACGGGAUGCAUCCUCCCUACGAGUACAACCGUCACACCAUCUGAGACAUGACAGCAAUAAACAUGACACCUGAAGCUAACAAGAAUACAUCUUUAACCACAUGAAGAUCUUUUCUCUGUAGAACAUAGCUAAGAAGUUUGGAGUUGCUUUUGUGUUUGAUUUUGGUUUGACUUUCACAUUGUUAAGAGAUUCACAGACAAAGAGAGGGAAGAUGCAAAUCAUAAUUAAUCCAACAUUUAAAUAUUUCUUUUCUGCCAAUAACUGAAUUGGCACCUUUGAUAAAAUAGAUAAUCCAAUCUACAAUAAAAGUAAUAGUUCAUGUCA